UCCAACACCUGUACUGCUGCUGCCGACAGCCAACGGGGGCGCCUGGGGAAACACCGCCCCUUGUGCCCUCACGGUAUUCAUGAGCUCCCAGUCCUCCACUAACACAGCCAGAUACACAUCGCUCCCCUUACGCGUGCGCCCGCCGUGACCCAGCCGGACUCUUCCCCGCCCAGGGAAGCCUGGUGGCUGGGUUGCCGCAGCACCCGGCGAGACUCCUUCCAGCCCGCUAGCUCCGGCCUUGGCCGCCCGCCGUCCCCGCCCCUGUCGGGCUCCCGGCAAAACCCGGAGAGACCGCGGUUCGGCGGCUCCCGGGAGGCGGCGCGGCGCUGCGUACUGAGCAUGCGCAGUGAGCAAGGCCGGCUCCGGCGCAAGAAGGAAGCGUUCGCGGUGAUCCCGGCGGCUGCGCUGGGGUAUGCGGUACCGGCUAGCGUGGCUGCUGCACCCCGCGCUGCCCAGCACCUUCCGCUCCGUCCUCGGCGCACGCCUGCCGCCCCUGGAGCGCCUCUGUGGUUUCCAAAAAAAGACUUACAGCAAAAUGAAUAAUUCAGCUAUCAAGAGGCUGGGAAAUCAUAUCAUCAAAUCUCCUGAAGAUAAACGAGAAUACCGUGGGCUAGAGCUGGCCAAUGGGAUCAAAGUACUUCUCAUCAGUGAUCCCACCACAGAUAAAUCAUCAGCAGCACUUGAUGUACACAUAGGUUCCUUGUCAGAUCCUCCAAAUAUUGCUGGCUUGAGUCAUUUUUGUGAACAUAUGCUAUUUUUGGGAACAAAGAAAUACCCUAAGGAAAAUGAAUACAGCCAGUUUCUCAGUGAGCAUGCAGGAAGUUCAAAUGCCUUUACUAGUGGAGAGCAUACCAAUUACUAUUUUGAUGUUUCCCAUGAACACCUAGAAGGUGCCCUAGACAGGUUUGCACAGUUUUUUCUAUGUCCCCUAUUUGAUGAGAGUUGCAAAGACAGAGAAGUGAAUGCAGUUGAUUCAGAACAUGAGAAGAAUGUGAUGAAUGAUGCCUGGAGACUCUUUCAGUUGGAAAAGGCUACAGGGAAUCCCAAUCACCCCUUCAGCAAAUUUGGAACAGGUAAUAAAUAUACUCUAGAGACUAGACCAAACCAAGAAGGCAUUGAUGUAAGACAAGAGCUGCUGAAAUUCCAUUCUACUUAUUAUUCAUCCAACUUGAUGGCUAUUUGUGUUUUGGGUCGAGAAUCUUUAGACGACUUGACUAAUCUGGUCGUAAAGUUAUUUUCUGAAGUAGAGAACAAAAAUGUCCCAUUGCCAGAAUUUCCUGAACAUCCUUUCCAAGAAGAACAUCUUAGACAACUUUACAAAAUAGUACCCAUUAAGGAUAUUAGGAAUCUUUAUGUGACAUUUCCCAUACCUGACCUUCAGAAAUACUACAAAUCAAAUCCUGGUCAUUAUCUUGGUCAUCUCAUUGGGCAUGAAGGCCCUGGGAGUCUGUUAUCAGAACUUAAAUCAAAGGGCUGGGUAAAUACUCUUGUUGGUGGGCAAAAGGAAGGAGCCCGAGGUUUUAUGUUUUUUAUCAUUAAUGUGGACCUGACUGAGGAAGGAUUGUUACAUGUUGAAGAUAUAAUUUUGCACAUGUUUCAAUAUAUUCAGAAGUUACGUGCAGAAGGACCUCAAGAAUGGGUUUUCCAAGAGUGCAAGGACUUGAAUGCUGUUGCUUUUAGGUUUAAAGACAAAGAGAGGCCACGAGGUUAUACCUCUAAGAUUGCAGGAAUAUUGCAUUACUAUCCCCUAGAAGAAGUGCUCACAGCUGAAUAUUUACUGGAAGAAUUUAGACCUGAUUUAAUAGAGAUGGUUCUCGAUAAACUCAGACCAGAAAAUGUUCGGGUUGCAAUAGUUUCUAAAUCUUUUGAAGGAAAAACUGAUCGCACAGAAGAGUGGUACGGAACCCAGUACAAACAAGAAGCUAUACCAGACGAAGUCAUUAAGAAAUGGCAAAAUGCUGACCUGAAUGGGAAAUUUAAACUUCCAACGAAGAAUGAAUUUAUUCCUACAAAUUUUGAGAUUUUGUCAUUAGAAAAAGAAGCAACACCAUACCCUUCUCUUAUUAAGGAUACGGCUAUGAGCAAACUCUGGUUCAAACAAGAUGAUAAGUUUUUCUUGCCCAAGGCCUGUCUCAACUUUGAGUUUUUCAGCCCAUUUGCUUAUGUGGACCCCUUGCACUGUAACAUGGCCUAUUUGUACCUUGAGCUCCUCAAAGACUCACUCAACGAGUAUGCAUAUGCAGCAGAGCUAGCAGGCUUGAGCUAUGACCUCCAAAAUACCAUCUAUGGGAUGUAUCUCUCGGUGAAAGGUUACAAUGACAAGCAGCCAAUUUUGCUAAAGAAGAUUAUUGAGAAAAUGGCUACCUUUGAGAUUGAUGAAAAAAGAUUUGAAAUUAUCAAAGAAGCAUACAUGAGAUCGCUUAACAAUUUCCGAGCUGAGCAGCCUCACCAGCACGCCAUGUACUACCUCCGCCUGCUGAUGACAGAAGUGGCCUGGACUAAAGAUGAAUUAAAAGAAGCCCUGGAUGAUGUCACCCUUCCUCGCCUUAAGGCCUUCAUACCUCAGCUCCUGUCAAGGCUGCACAUCGAAGCCCUUCUCCAUGGAAACAUAACAAAGCAGGCCGCAUUAGGAAUUAUGCAGAUGGUUGAAGACACCCUUAUUGAACAUGCCCAUACGAAACCGCUCCUUCCAAGUCAGCUGGUUCGGUAUAGAGAAGUUCAGCUCCCUGAUAGAGGCUGGUUUGUUUAUCAGCAGAGGAAUGAAGUUCACAAUAACUGUGGCAUCGAGAUAUACUACCAGACAGACAUGCAGAGCACCUCCGAGAAUAUGUUCCUGGAGCUCUUCUGUCAGAUCAUCUCCGAGCCUUGCUUCAACACCCUGCGCACCAAGGAGCAGCUGGGCUAUAUCGUCUUCAGCGGGCCACGCCGAGCCAACGGCAUCCAGGGCUUACGGUUCAUCAUCCAGUCGGAAAAGCCACCUCACUACCUAGAGAGCAGAGUGGAAGCUUUCUUAGUUACCAUGGAAAAGUCCAUAGAGGACAUGGCAGAAGAGGCCUUUCAAAAACACAUUCAAGCCCUAGCAAUUCGUCGACUAGACAAACCAAAGAAACUGUCCGCAGAGUGUGCUAAAUACUGGGGGGAAAUCAUCUCCCAGCAAUACAACUUUGACAGAGAUAAUAUAGAAGUUGCAUAUUUAAAGACACUUACCAAGGAAGAUAUUAUCAAAUUCUAUAAGGAAAUGUUGGCAGUGGAUGCCCCGAGGAGACAUAAGGUGUCUGUCCAUGUUCUUGCUAGAGAAAUGGAUUCUUGUCCCGUGGUUGGAGAGUUCCCAUGUCAAAAUGAUAUAAAUUUGUCACAAGCACCAGCCUUGCCGCAACCUGAAGUGAUUCAGAACAUGACCGAGUUCAAGCGUGGUUUGCCACUGUUUCCCCUUGUGAAACCACAUAUUAACUUCAUGGCUGCAAAACUCUGAAGAUUCCCACGGACGGGAAAGUGCAAGUGGAUGCAUUCCUGAGUCUUCCAAGGGCUAGGAAAACCGUCUUGUCCACUUUAAUAGUUUCUCAUUAACUAUUAGAGAGACAAACAGAAAAAAAAAAAAAAAUUGUCAAAUGUCAUUAUGUAGAAAUAUUAAAAAUCCAAAGUAAUUAAAUUACAAAAUCUUAUAGAUGUAGAAUAUUUUUAAAAUACAUGCCUCGUAAAUAUUUUAAAAAUUUUCUUUUCAUUACUAAGAGAAAGAUCCCUUAUAUAACAGUACUUAAAAUGAUGACUGAUAUUCCUAUAGAAUCUUCCUUAUUCUGUAAAAUAGUCACUUGUCAGAAGAAAAAUAUGUUAGGUUUUUUCUAAAAGGCUCCUGGGUUGACAGAAAGACUUCAAAACAUAUAGAAAAGUAAUACCUUUUUAAAAACUGAUCCUCAAUUUUGCGUUCUACUUAAUGGUUUCAUGUAAAUAAUGGAGAACAUUACAUUUGGCAGAUAAUGAACAAAGCAAUGUAAUUUUCUUUUAUUAGUGAAACUGCUGAUUAUAUAAGGCAUGGUUUUAAUCUUUUUAUAAAAUUUGAACAUUUUUUAUUCAAACUAGUAAAAUGCUGGAAAACACCCUACUUAUUUACAGUGCUAGAAAUAGACGUAACCUUACAUCAAUUUUGUCCCAAACUGAAUUUCUCAGGAUUACUGUGAUUUGUUUCUUUCUGAUUGAAUUAUAUUGACGUUCUUUGUUGUUCAUAGUUGGUUUGCAGUGUUUCAUCGGUGUCACUUUUUUCCAUCAACACGUUGUUAUAUUUAUUUAACAAGUACAAGUAGGGUCAACUACAGAUCCCACUGAGUGUGUGACAUGCUUUUCCAACAUCAGCUAUUCUAAACACCUGUAACUUCUUACUACCGUGAAAUUGCAGUCAGUAUACAAACCAAAAUAUUCACCCUGUUAUGAAUAUAAAAACAACAAGUACAAAGACACCUUUUUGGAGGUAUAAAAAAGGAAAACCUUGAAUUCUUAAAUAGAAUGAUCUCCACAGAGACUCUCAAAUCCCUUUUUUACUACCAGUCUAAUAUUGCCUUAAGUGUUAAGUUAUUUUUUUUUUUUUGAAUGUUUAAAUACAAACAUGCAAACACAGAGAUGAUGACUGGAGUGAACUUUAAAAAAAAUUUUUUUUCACAAGAUACUAUUUUAGAUGAAAUUGUUACUGUGGAUUUAACAGCUGUCUUGAAUUAUUUACUGUUAUUAAAACUUCAAGAAAAAUUGGAAACAUACAGGCACUAGUAAGUUAAGUGGCCCUGUUGUCCACUCACUCAGGCAAAGUAAAGAAUGGCAUUUUCAAAUGACAUUUUACCUUCAUGUCCAUUGAUUUGCCAGGACUUCUUUCUGUAGAGUUAUGUCUUUUCACAUCUUAAGUUUUCACAUUUGCCAUUUUUCCAAAUAAUCUGAAUUUGGGGCAAGAAUGAUAAUCACAACUGUGGAGGCUGCUUUCACGAGCGGGGCUCCGUUUCUACCAUCAGAUAAAUGUGGUGCUGUACCUGUCUUUUUAUCCCCACCUUCAAGAGCUUCCUCGGAUGAAGCCUGUCUUUGUCCAUCAGAAGGUACGUGAGUCAUCACCACUUCCUUCUGGUUUUAUGCACUUGUAGACUAUGCAGCUUUUCAUCAAACUGCAAGUAUAUUAUAUACAAGAGAGAUUGAAAAAUCAGUCCUGAGUGUUUAAAUCCACCACUGGAAGAGUGACUAAUCCACCUAUACCUUUUCUAUGGAGAAUUAUGUGCUAUUGGGUAACUUUUAGCUCUUUAAAGAAAAAGGGGGGGGGGGUGAAAUUUAACAGCAUCACUUCUAUGAGAAAGUCCCAUGGAGAAGUCGGGUCAGAAAGGCAUCUCGUGUACUCUUCUAGGAACCUGUGAUUGCCAUUCAGCGUGCUCCAGCAUUGUCUGGUUUCCAGAUUGGAUCUGGAGCUGCUGUUGGAUCACUCAGGCAUACUUAGGAUUCCUCUAAAUGGGUCCAAGCUGCAGUCCACGAGCAAUAACAGACUACCCCGGAAACUGCUCUUUACUCUGCUUAGUAAUGGGAUUUGUGAAACACACUAAGGUGUUCAUUACCUGUGACUUUUUAAGAAGUCUUCUUUUUCACUAGUUGAUGUGGAAGAGAGAGCAUGUGACACAGCCAGUAUGUGGUGGAGUGCUAGGGUAAUCCUGUUUACAAUAAAUCGCCUGAAUUUCACCUCUGGAGUUUGCAUUUGUAUUAUUUUUACAGUUUCAGUGGCCAAUCCUCAGCCUACCUCUCAGCACCCCGAUUAGACAAUGUUUUUUGCUUUCAUUGUUCCUAGGGCAGAAAGCAGUGCAUUUUUUUUUUUAAAGUGAAUCUGGGUAACAAUGAUUUAGUCAAAUAAACGGGUCAAUUUCACACUCUUCACAGUAGAUCACUUUUGUAAAAUAGAAAUCUCAGUGUGAGAGGCUGAACUCCUUGCUCUGAGAGUUGUCAUUGACCCCAAACCCAGAUUCGUUCCAGGUAUUACCAGAAAGAAAAAUGUAAAGGUAGCAAAAAUGCUUCUCUCCUUCCUGGCUUCUUGUUGCAUCUUCCUGCCACAUCUCCCGCAGCAGGUCAGGCAGAUGUCUUGUCCUCGUAUGUGAUCCCCGUCUUGAAUUCUCAGAAUGUUUAUGGUGAAAACCCGAGCAUUCUCGCAUACUUCUCUCCCUUUGUCAGGGUGGUUCCUGCCCUCUUAAUCCUCCUUUGGCAGGGCCUCUGACCUCUAGGCUCCCGGAUCCCUAGCUGCCCAACCAGUGCUGUUCACUCACUGCCCAUGUAACCUGAGUAUUGUACCGUCCGAGGCUUCUUGUUGGCAAAGAUUAUUAGUAGUACUGAAUUGCUGCUAUACUUAGCCAAGUCCACCUCUUCAAAGAUACUGCAGUAUUUUGUACAGCUUAUACCCAGAAUUAACAUUAACGGACCUUGUAAAGCACUUUAUAGCUUACAGAUAACCCUCAGCCAUCUUCCACAGUAGAUCUCCCCGAGAAACCUUUGACAUGGGAGAUCAACGAUUAAGAAAAAUCAUCAUCAUCAUCAUCCCAGGUGUUUAGAGGUAAAAAAUAGCCUCAGAAAAGCUGAACAGUUUGCCCAGGAUCAUGCAGGAAGCACAGAUUCAAACCUUCACUCAGAACUUUAAAUCUCAUUACUCCAUGUGGAUUUCCUGUAAGAAUAGGUACCAGGUCUAUUAAUGGACUCAUCAUGGCACGAUGGCAGUUGCUUUUACAUUUGUAUGAGACCUCCCUGUUUUCACAGACACCACCUUACUUAAUCUCCCAACCUUUGCCUAUUUUAGAGAAAGUGAGACCAGAUCUGAGUCUGUGCGCCUCUCUUCCAGGGCACUGUUGUUCCCACGUUGCUGGGCUCCCUUGUGGCCAUUUAUCACCACUGCCUGCAGGAUCUCCCUCCCUCUUGGGAUUAGUCCAAACCCAUGCCUCCUGGCUGGCUAAGCCCUUAAGUGAGUGCCAGCUCUCCUUCCUUUUGCCCCUGGAGUGAUGAGAUUAUCUGGAAUCCUUCAAGAAAUUCAGAAGAGAAAUGUAAAGAAGAGUCAAGUUCACUUGUAACCCCACCACUCCAAGACAACCACAUUUUUUUUUUUUUGCACUGUUAUUGUGCAGUCUUUUCCCCAUGCAUAUAGAAUAAGGUCAUAUAUUCAAUGUUACAAUUUUUUCUUCAAUAGUCUAAUCUAUAUGGAGCAUUUUCCACAUGGAUACUCUUGAAAAAAUUUGUGAUUUUUGCUGUCGUUGUUGGGGUUUUGGUGUCAUGUCAUACUGUCGUUUGUUUAUCAAAUCCUCUUUGUGGGAUGUUUAGGGUGUUUUCAAACUUUGAUCCAUGAUAAAACUCCUUGUGCAGAGUA